AUGGCCAAACUCUCCAUGGCCAUACAGUACUUGGGAAUAAGGUUUCAUCACCUUGUCACUGCCAUGAAGAAGCCAGAUUGGUCUGAAUACCAGCACACUAGUUGGUAUCAACAUUUCCUGGCAGAAGUGGGUACAAUGGAGCAUCUGAUGGGCAUGGCAUCUCACCAUCCCAUUACCCUGAUUGUGCUGCUCACAGCCAACAGGCUGUUAAUGUACCUGAACAAUGGCGAUUGGAGUCCCCAUGACAUUUUAGCUUUCAUCAGAAGCUUGAAUCCCUGCCUGACUAGGAUUAAGGAGUGCCGUGUCAAACUGGCCACUACUAUGUCCCAUGCAUGGUGGCAGAAUGACAGUGGCAAAGUGGAAUUGGGAUAUGAGAGGAGACCUCUGCAGAAUGUAAUUACAGAAGCCAUGGAAUUUUUCACAGGAGUAUUGAAUGGUGGCAUCUCACUACCACUGCUUAUUAAUUCACAUCCAUCACCCACUGCCAAAUGUGCUGCACUACACAUGAUGUGCACAGAAGGCUUGAAGGAUAUUGAUCAAGAGUUAUUGUAUCUUUCCAAGUUAAUCUUACAUUCACAGGAGCAGAUGUCAUCACUGGAAGCUGUUACCUGA